GGAAAAUUAAGAGGAGGUGUGGGGGGGGAGAGAGAGAAAGAGAAGGAAAACAUGUCGUCUCGAUCUGCAUUACAGUCUGGAAACGACAGGAGCACGGGAGAUCAUCAUGUGCCGCUCGGUGCCAGCCGCGCAGACAAGGCCACGAGCCAGUCCAGCCGCUCUCUCGGUGCCCGGUGCAGGAACUCCAUCGCCUCCUGCUCAGACGAGCAGCCGCACAUCGGCAACUACCGUCUGCUCAAGACCAUUGGCAAGGGAAACUUUGCCAAAGUCAAGCUGGCGCGCCACAUCCUGACAGGCAGGGAGGUUGCAAUAAAAAUCAUUGACAAAACCCAGUUGAACCCAACCAGUCUGCAAAAGCUUUUUCGGGAGGUACGAAUAAUGAAAGGCUUAAAUCACCCUAACAUAGUGAAGCUGUUUGAGGUGAUAGAGACGGAGAAGACCCUUUACCUUGUUAUGGAGUAUGCCAGUGGAGGCGAAGUGUUUGACUACCUCGUGUCACAUGGGAGGAUGAAGGAGGUCGAAGCCAGAGCCAAAUUCCGACAGAUUGUCUCUGCCGUCCACUACUGCCACACCAAGAACAUCGUCCACAGAGAUUUGAAGGCGGAGAACCUUCUGCUGGACGCCGACGCCAACAUCAAGAUUGCUGAUUUCGGCUUCAGCAACGAGUUCACGCUGGGGAACAAGCUGGACACGUUCUGUGGCUCCCCGCCCUACGCCGCACCUGAGCUUUUCCAGGGAAAGAAGUACGACGGGCCUGAGGUGGACGUCUGGAGCCUGGGAGUCAUUCUUUACACGCUGGUCAGCGGUUCUCUGCCGUUCGACGGCCAGAAUCUAAAGGAGCUGAGAGAGCGUGUGCUGAGGGGAAAGUAUCGUGUGCCCUUUUACAUGUCAACCGACUGCGAGGGCAUCCUUCGCCGUUUUCUGGUGCUGAACCCCGCCAAACGCUGCACGCUCGAGCAAGUCAUGAAGGACAAAUGGAUAAAUACAGGGUACGAGGGGGACGACCUGAAGCCCCAUAUAGAGCCCGUGGAGGACUACAGCGACCCGACUCGCAUAGAGGUGAUGGUUGGGAUGGGCUUCACCCCUGAAGAAAUCAAAGACGCUCUCCUGAAUCAGAAAUACAACGAGGUCACCGCCACCUACCUGCUGCUGGGUCGAAAAGGCGACGAAAGCAGUGAUGCUCGCAGUGCUAGUACACUGUCUCUGGCGAGGGUCCGACCCAGCCCCAUCACCAACGGGACGAACAAGCACUCCUCAGCCACUGGCUCCUCUUCCUCCUCCACCUCCUCUUCCCACAGCAAGUCGCAGCGCAGUGCCUCCACCUACCACCGACAACGGCGACACAGCGACUUCUUCCUCCACAACAAAGGCGGGCCUUCCAUGCCCGUCAUGCACCCCAAGCGGAGCCCGACCAGCACCGGGGACCGGGAGCUGCGGGAGGGCCGGAUGCCUUCACGUAAAGCCAGCUGCAGCGUAAUGGGGAGCCACAGCCUUCCUCCCUCCAGCCCGAUGGUCAGCAGUGCCAACAACCCCAAUAAGUCUGAAAUCCCAGACCGCCGCAAAGACAUGACUGCCACCACGAAUAACAUCCCGGGAAGCACCAUGACACGCCGGAAUACAUACGUGUGCACAGACCGCUCAGGUGCUGACAGGCACUCUCUUCUGCAGAACGGCAAAGAAAACAGCUCUCUGGGCCACCGCAUGCCCACAGCGUCCCCCUCCACGCUCAGCAUGGCCGGAGCCGGCGCAGCUUCCUCCUCUUCCUCAUCGGACAGAUGCCGCCUGACACGAGGAUCCACGAUCCGCAGCACCUUCCACGGGGGUCAGCUGAGGGAUCGCGGUCCACCGGUCUACUCUGCCCCGCCCACAUCGCCCACCCUGUCCCACCACGAUGCCAGCCCGCUGCCCCAUGCACGCACCAGGGCGACCUCCAACCUCUUCACCAAGCUGACCUCCAAACUCACUCGCAGGGUCACAAAUGAAUCUGAGGGAAUCAGGAGAUUUGCGGUCACAAGUUGCCAUCUACCUGGGUAUCAAAAAGCGUCCGAGCCCCGGGCCGUCGGACGUGGCUGGAAUCUGAGAGGUGGUGGGCGGCGGGACCCUGCGGAGGUGGUACUGGCUCUGCGGGAGGCAGCGCUCGGAUGUGGCUGCCAGGUCCACCAUUCCGGCCCCUUUCUGCUCUCCUGCACCCACGGCGUGGCAGGGGGCCGCGUGGCUUUCGAGGCCGAGGUGUGCCAUCUAUCCACGGGCACCUCCGAGACGUCUAAUGGGGUACGCUACACGCGACUCUGGGGGGCACCGCUAGCUUUUCGGGACAUCGCUACCCAAAUCUCGAAGGACCUUGAGCUUUGAGCCAGAGGGAGUGUUUGCAUCGAGAGUGUGUUUUUGUGCGUUUAUGUGUGUGCGCCAGUGAAUUCAAGUAGGUAAUGGGGGGGGGACAGAGACGGGGGCAAGGGGCUGGACCCUUUCAGGAAUACCCCCUCUGCACACACACAUAGACUCACACACACCUGAGCAGUAAGGUAACGCUGACCGAAGCACCCCAACGUCCACCCAAUCACCGCACCCAGCUCAGCCAGCUUCUUCACUGAGCUACUGCAACCACUGGAUCUGGAUUAGAUGGAUUCUAGUUGAAUAUUUUUUAUUGCUACUCUUAGCCAUAAUGACUCUUUAUUUUGUUAUGCUCUGGUCCUUGUUUUUACCCACUGUCACUCUCAUCUCCACAGAAAGAAACAUCCCUAUGCUGUCAGACUUCACUGACCACCAAGUCCUUUUUUAAGCUCUUUUUAUAUGACAGUCACACGUACUGUUUCAUUCUAUUUUCCCCCUUUUGAUCACUUACGGACAGUCACUUACAUGAUAACAUGUCCAACUCUGUGAUCAUAUGGGCAAAGACGAAGGGUUGCAUUGCAUUGACUCAUGGGCACAGUCUGGCAAUGACUACGUCAGAUUAAGGUCAAUGGGAGUUGAUGUGUCUGUCAAGGCCAAUCAGAGGCUAACGUGGAGUAACAAUAGCCAAUCAGGGAGGUAUUCUAAGUCCAAAAAGCCAAUGAGAUUUCCAAGUUCAUGAACUUGUGGAGCAAAGCUAUUCAGUUGGCAUUGUUUUGUCUGAGAUUCUCACAGCGUUGUAACUUUUUGUAAUCAUCACUGUAAUACUGCUGACUUAAAACAAAAAUCCAUAACAUGGUCGAAUUACUUUUAUAUAUAUAUAUAAAAAAAACAUCAAUACUUUCUUCACAACUGGAAAGUAAAAAAUGAAAGACAUAAUUUUUGGUCAAAUUGGUUCCCAUGCAGUUCCCACAAAAACCGUGAGCAAAAUACUUCAGCUUUACAGAGCGACAGUAUUAACACAAAAAUGUAUUAGCCCAAUAUGAUUGCUUUAAAAAAAAGAGAGAAAUAAGAUUAUCAUUUCUGCAAAAAUAAUAUCAAAAUGGUAUAUUACUAUUAUAGCUACAAUAACAUUUAGUUCCCUUCCCUGACAUAUGGAAAGUGUUAGUGUUAAGUCAUUGUUGCAAAAUCUGUGCUAAACUAUUUCAUGUACUUGAGAAUCUAAUAAAAACUAAAAAUAUUCCAGCCACAAGCGUCAUAAAAUCUAAAGUCAAUGUCAAAUAAACCAUCAGAACCAGAAGGCUGUAUUAAAAGAUUAUUUAAACAUAUAAAAUUGUGUCAUACCUAAGCUAAAAUAUGAAAUGGCCUUCUUCUGCUUAGUAGUACUUCAUAAGUAAACAAUAAACCCAAGUCUAGCAAUCUGUUAGCAACUCAUUAAUUAGCCUCAGUAGCAAUGUGCCAGCAGGCUUUUUUUUUACUGACAGGCAAGGUAACUCUCAAAGCUUGUUGCUAUGAUCUGUUUGCAAACACAGCUACCUUAUUAAAAGCGAUGGUUGAGUGGAAAUAUCUUUCAGCACAAGCUUUGUGUUUGUUGACAAGAAUUCCCUUCCUUUAGCCAGCUAGCUAUCAGGACCCAGCAACAGCUUGGGAAGCGCCACUCGGUGCCGCACAAGAAAAUUCCAGUCGUUCCGGGACUCUUUCUGGAAUCCUCCUGGAAUUAUAUGAAACUGAAGACGCAAAAGACUACGACGUAAAACGUUUGUAGUAAUGACACUGUGACUUGAAAACGGUUUGAAGUUAAACAUUAUUGUGCUUAGAGAUGAGGUUUUGUCCCACUUUUCAACUUUAUUCAAUUAAAAUCAUGAUUUGUAUCUGUUCGUAAACAGAAUUUGUUUGCUUAAACCAAUAUCAGUGUUUUACUAAAUUGUGGGAACAGAUAAAUCUAGGUUUAGGGUUAUGAAUACAGACACUAUCCAUUUGCUCAAAAUCCUCAGGUAACAGAACAACAUUUUACCUGUUUGAAUAGGGAAAGAAUGACAGAUUCUGAAUACAGUUGAAAUUAGUUUCUUUUGUAGCGUGAAGGCUCUCCAUUAUAAAUAGGUUGAAGAACUCUGUCAUCCAGGGGGAGCUGAGAGUAGAGACUUAAGUGGUUAGGGUAUUUGAUCAGACUGUUUCUGUCUGAAGGUCUUCCAGUAACGACCCAGAAAGAACUGGAGGGACUAUGUUUCCCUUCUGACCCGGGGAUUCCCCAGAAUGAGCUGAUGAGUGUUUCUGGUGAGCGGGGUGUCUGGGAUUCCUCUCUGGAUCUGUUAGUCCCACGAUGUCAGAUACGAGGGAGAGGAUGUUUGGUGCGCAUUGAUGUUUGGAAUCUUUCAACCAGAACCAUGUCACCAACUUUCCCCUACAAAACAGUCUUUCAAUGCUCUGCAGAAUAACAAGCAACACUGCAACUCUACGGUACUAUCAAUGCAAUGCAACUCUUGUGUUGACUCUAUUCUGUGCCAUGUGAUCUCACCUUGCUCAUCAUCUCUUGUUGGUGGGAAACACCAAAACAUGGAUCAGCCAAGCAGCAGCACCUCUCAUUCCACCUCACCCUUACAUGCUGAGGUCAUGUACUCUCCCAAAUGUGCACCUCUUUACCCCUGUAGCCCCGUACAAGAACUGCUCAGUCCAUUAUUGGUGACUCUGGAGAUCAGGGGAGAGUUCUGUACCUGGACAGGCACAAUGGAGGCAAUGUGGAUACUGUUUUCUUCUUGUUAGUCCAGUUGCCUUUAAAGUGAACACCCCCCAGCGCCUUCAUACAGUACUUAUUUAAUGUAAAAAAGGAAAAAAAACAAAAAACUGAGAAAGCUUUCUAUGCUCCCUCCCUGUUUUUAGUGAACAAUGUACUGUGAUAUUUGCGUAGACUACAGAGGUCAUAUUGUUUGGCUGCUGAUUUACUGUUAAAACUUUCUCUCAGUUGUGGUUUUAAUCAUGGUAACCCAAACUAACCAACCCCAUCCCACCUCCACCCCCACAUGUUCACACCCAUCAGGACUUCACCAACUUCCUCGACUUAAACUCAUCGAUCCUUCAUACUCACCAAGAACUUUUUUGUAUGAGUCACAGUGAGUGUUUUGGCUUCAUCCCCCCUCCACCGCCCCCACAGGGAAACAAUCAGCCGUAUUUCACUCUGUCAUGUCGUGUGGAAUCUUCUCGGUCCUGUUUGGUGUGUGCUGCUUCUGGGAGUCCAACAGGGGACCUGCUGUCCCCCCACCCCUCAGGUUGAGAAGCACGCACCAACAUGGACGCCAGGAGUCUGUCCUUGUCCUCUCCCUGGACGGUUUUCAUUGUGGUGUAUAUUAGCAUUAGGUAAUAUAGACCUCAAUGCACUUUGCUUUGACUUGAAUCAGCUCCCUCCAGUGUACCUGUUUAGGUCAUGCCCAGUACUAGUCACUGGAGGGCGCCAAUGUCUUAAAUGUGAAACACUUCAAUUUGUGGAUAUUUGCACAGGUACUUUAUUUAUUUUUUAGAAUAAUAUCAUUAAAAAAACAGGAUUUAUAUCAGUCAGUUGAUGGCUGUAUAUAAAAUAUAUGAAUAUAGUAUAUAUCUUAGAGCUCAAGGUUUAUUUAUAGUUAGAACAGGGGAAGUAAUUCUAGAUUAAAACUGUUUCUGUCAGUGAUAUGGGGGAGCAAAACCAACCUGCAAUCCUGCAUGACUUCAGAGUUUGGAUUAUGAUGGGGAAAAAUGAACUAUGAUGCACAUCUUGGAUUGGAGGCUUUAUGAAACGCAGACACCAUCAGUUUGUACAAGCUAAUUGCUCAAUGAAGCUCCAUCCCCUGCCCCCUUAAACUUACCCUCUUUUGACAGAAACAAACAGAAGGGCUCCAGUGAGAUACGGUAACUUUCUUCCACCUCGUUGUUUGACGAUAGAGAUUUAACUUGAAUUCACACAAAUCCUGCUAAUGCCAUGACGCGGUUAAAAAGCCCAGAGUUGCAAGCAAGCCAUAGAAAAGCUAUACUACUGGUGUGUGAUCUUAAAUGUGUGUGGAAAAAAAAAAGAUUAUUCCUUCGAGUCACACAACUCACUGUUAUUGUUUAAGAUGGGGUGACAUUGUCUUGAAGUGUGAAGAAUUACUGUGAAGACUUUUUAAAGGAGUAUUUAUUGAUGGGAGUUCUGAGGAAGAGAGUCCGGUCUGGUUGUUGGGAACAGAACAGUAUUACAAGCCCAGUUGGCUCAGUAUUUUACACCAACUUCAUUUCUAAAAGAAUUUUCAGAACAGCUGAUGUUAUAUGCAAAACAAACGUAGGAAUAGUCACAGUCUGACUCUGCUCUGCUGUUAAAUUUCUUCCCACAGAAGCAAAAUUGUAAACUGAGACUGGGUGGUUGUGGUAUCUGAAGAGAACAAGGAGCUGAAGUUGAAUAAAAUUCACUGAUGUUGGCA